AUGGCACCCAAGGUUUGGACUCGCAAAGCACCUGCUGGUGCAGCUUUGGACAAGGUUCAGGAGGCCAUCCGAAAUCGGAGCCCCUCAGUGCCGAUCCCAAAGCCAACUUCAGAUUUGAAUGAACUCAAGGCUGAUAGCGAUUCUUUCACUUUGGCAUCAUUCACCACUGAAGACGCCUUCGAGUUGGGAAACUUGCUCUACGCCCGUCUUUAUCCCUUUGCAGUUGAAGGCAAGCCAACUGUGAUUUCCAUCUCUCUGGCAAACAGCUCGCAAGUUAUUUAUCAAAGCGUCACUGGACCUGGUGUGACGCCAGAUAACGAGUCUUGGGUUCGCCGCAAGAGGAACACGGUUCUUAGGUUUGGAAGCAGCACUUGGUAUAUGCACAACAAGUUUAAGGGCGACGAGGUGGAGUUUGCUGCUAAGUUUGCCAUUUCCGACUCGCACAAGGGCGAUUACGCGAUCCACGGAGGCGCAAUUCCCAUUCGCGUUCAGGGAGUUGAAGGAAUUGUCGCCAUUGUCAUCGUUAGCGGUCUCAAGCAGGAUGAGGACCACGGGGUUAUUGCAGAUGUGAUCAAGAACAACUGGGCAUAG